ACGUGUGGCCCGGGGGUGGGAAGGGGUGCCGCAGGCCCCGUGCAGCCUCCAGAGAAGCUCCAGGGAAGGCCAGCCUCGGGCAGGGAAUGGCGCGUCCGGGGACAGUGCUCCACCCUCCAGGGCAUCCUCCUAAGCUUGCUUUUGUGCAAGAUGUUGGGCUUUUUGAAGCGCCCUGUAGUGGUGACAACUGACAUCAACUUGAACCUCGUGGCUCUGACUGGGGUGGGGUUACUGAGCCGACUGUGGCAGCUCACCUCUCCUCGGGCUGUGGUUUUUGAUGAGGUAUAUUAUGGGCAAUACAUCUCCUUUUACAUGAAACGGAUCUUCUUUUUGGAUGAUAGUGGACCACCAUUUGGCCACAUGCUGCUGGCCUUAGGAGGUUAUUUAGGAGGAUUCGAUGGUAACUUUUUAUGGAACAGAAUUGGAGCAGAAUACAGUAGCAAUGUGCCUGUGUGGUCCUUGCGCUUGCUGCCUGCACUCGCAGGGGCUUUAUCGGUCCCCAUGGCCUACCAGAUAGUGUCAGAGCUCCACUUUUCACAUUGUGCCGCCAUGGGAGCAGCUCUGUUGAUGCUUAUCGUAAGGGGAUCGCAACCCUUGGCUUGGUGUCGCCCGCGCCACGCUCAGCCAGUGAGUGCACCGGCCAUCCCUACACAGGAUUCGAACCCGCGGCCUCGGGCACCGCCGCGCUCCCAGCGCCGCACUCUCCCGAAGAACGCUCUGAUCACUCAGUCAAGGCUAAUGCUUCUGGAGUCAAUGUUAAUAUUUUUUAAUCUAUUGGCUGUGUUGUCUUACCUGAAGUUCUUCAACUCCCAGAAACACAGUUCUUUCUCUCUGAACUGGUGGCUUUGGCUACUGCUGACAGGGGUGGCUUGUUCCUGCUCAGUUGGCAUCAAAUACAUGGGUGUUUUCACAUACCUGCUCGUGCUUGGCGUCGCAGCUGUCCAUGCCUGGCACCUGAUCGGAGACCGGACCUUGUCAAAUGUCUGUGUGUUCUGUCACUUACUUGCCAGAGCCGUGGCUUUACUGAUCGUCCCGAUCGUCCUGUACUUACUGUUCUUCUACGUCCACCUGCUUCUGCUCUUCCGCUCUGGGCCCCAUGACCAAAUCAUGUCUAGUGCCUUCCAAGCCAGCCUGGAGGGAGGACUAGCUCGGAUCACCCAAGGCCAGCCACUGGAGGUGGCCUUCGGUUCCCAGGUCACUCUGAGGAGCGUCUUUGGCAAACCCGUUCCCUGCUGGCUUCAUUCCCACCAGAACACCUACCCCAUGAUAUACGAGAAUGGCCGAGGCAGCUCCCACCAGCAGCAGGUGACCUGCUACCCCUUCAAAGAUGUCAACAACUGGUGGAUCAUAAAGGAUCCUGGCAGGCACCAGCUGGUGGUGAGUAACCCUCCAAGGCCCGUGCGGCACGGGGACAUCGUGCAGCUGGUCCAUGGGAUGACCACCCGCUUCCUCAACACGCAUGAUGUCGCAGCCCCACUGAGCCCGCACUCGCAGGAGGUCUCCUGCUACAUUGACUACAACAUCUCCAUGCCUGCACAGAGCCUCUGGAGACUGGAAAUUGUAAACAGAGAAUCGGAUAUGGAGUCGUGGAAGACCAUCUUGUCCGAGGUUCGCUUUGUGCACGUGAACACUUCCGCUGUCUUGAAGCUGAGCGGGGCACACCUCCCUGACUGGGGGUUUCGGCAGCUGGAGGUCGUGGGGGAGAAGCUGUCGCGGGGCUACCACCAGAGCCUGGUAUGGAACGUGGAGGAACACCGGUAUGGCCAAAGCCAGGAGCAGAAGGAGCGGGAAUGGGAGCUGCAUUCUCCUACUCAGGUUGACAUCAGCAGGAACCUCAGCUUCAUAGCCAGAUUCUCCGAACUGCAGUGGAAGAUGCUGACGCUGAGAAGUGAUGACUCAGAGCACAAGUACAGCUCCACCCCGCUGGAGUGGGUCACCCUGGACACUAACAUCGCUUACUGGCUGCACCCCAGGACCAGUGCUCAGAUCCACCUGCUUGGAAACAUCGUGAUCUGGGCCUCAGGCAGCCUCGCCAUAGCAGCCUAUACUCUGCUCUUCUUCUGGUACCUGUUCAGACGGCGAAGACAUGUCUGUGACCUCCCCGAGGAUGCCUGGCUGCGCUGGGCACUGGCUGGGGCCCUGUGUGCCGGGGGCUGGGCGGUGAACUUCCUGCCCUUCUUCCUGAUGGAGAAGACACUCUUCCUCUACCACUACCUGCCCGCGCUCACCUUCCAGAUCCUCCUGCUCCCUGUGGUCUUGCAGCACAUCAGUGACCACCUAUGCAGGUCCCAGCUCCAGAGGAGCCUCUUCAGCGCCCUGGUGGUGGCUUGGUUUUCUUCUGCAUGUCACGUGUCUAACACGCUGCGCCCACUGACCUAUGGGGACAGGUCACUCUCACCAAGUGAACUCAGAGCCCUUCGCUGGAAAGACAGCUGGGACAUCUUGAUCCGAAAAUAAUAGCAGAACACAGCAAAGAACAUCUGCGCCGAGGUCAGGACAAGAUGGACUGUCUUCUACAAACGUAUUUGUCUUUAACAAGCAGAAUGGCUCUAAGCUCGGAGGAGCCUGGCCGGGGUUGGCAAGACUUUACUAGAAUUUACUGUGGUUUCAUUCUUGAAACAGUCCUCUGAUGAACACUUCGUUUUCAGUUUACUUUUUCCAGUGAAGAACAUCCCUCCUCGGGGUCCUCUCACUCCUGAGACACCCCCUAAACUAAGACAUGUUGGGUCUUCCAGUGGCCGGUGUAGGACUCACUGAGGAAGGAAGAUAGUCAUGGGCCAGUGACAGAGCAAGUCACCUCCUAACCAGACCAAGCCCUGGUCUUUGCAAACAGCUGUAGGUUGAUGGGCCCGAUCUUUCCCCAUGAACACCCGCUCAACCUGAGCAGGGUCCUGGCCCUGCCUUCUUGGGCCUUGCAGGACUCACCCUGACAGCUCGGUGUCAAAUAAGCUGUUUGAACAAUAAGACAUUUAUGAGGCUUACCUGGGACCCUCUGGUCACUGUACUGAAUGACCGUGACCAUGCUUCUUGCUGUUGCUGUAUUUGGAAAAAACCCUUCUCUGAGAUUUUGCUGAGACAUGUGCAAGUGGCAUCUCCAUCUUCACCAGUCCAGGUUUGUGUCAUACAUGUUGCCUUGUCCUGAAUUUGCCUUUUUGUGUAAUUAAAAAAGGGACAAACUGGCAUCUGUA